CCAUACCUUUCCUUAAUAAUUUCAAAUUUAUAGCUUCUAGAGUAUGUAUACCCCCAUAAACAACCGAAGUCUGGCACCAUACAGCUGAGCUAUUCAAAAUCACUCAUGGAUUAAAAUGUUAUGCAAUUUCACGAGAGACACAGAUAAUGAUUCCUUAUCACCUUGGUAAAAUGUUUGUGAAAAAUAAAGGAAAUCUAUCGCAUAAUGGACUUGAUCAAUAAUUUAUUGAAAACGGAGUUAUUGUCCUUGGAUUCAAUAUUUUGAAACAUAUCAUUGACUAUUCAAAUAUAACUAAGACUUUUGAAAUAUUUUAUGCCUGACAAUUUUUUUUUUUAAAUAACUAUUGAAAAAGACUCCAACAAAAUUUAUGUUAAAGUCAUUAAAUCAUUGACUUUGCAAAAUCUUAUGACGUCACAGGAGUGUGGAACUACCUGUACCCAAACUCCCCGUCGAGGCCUCAUUACGUCACCUACGAUAGUUUGUGAGCAAACGAACUCUGGUGGAAGUUUGUACCUGUACCAAGCAAUGAACAAACCACGUGAUCUACCAUGCAGAUAACCGAGCGUCGGUCAUCGAACCUGUCUAGAAUCCAUCACGUUUCCCCCCUUUUGAAAUGUCAUCAUACCUUGAGGACAUCAACACAUAAUUCCAGUUCUGCUAGGGGGUGCGAAAAUUGCCAAAUAGAAAUUAUAUAAAUUAUAUAGUAGAUCUAUACAGUUUGAUUUUAAAAAUAAAAAAUUAAAACACUGGUUCCGAUUUCAAUUAAACACUAUGUCCGAUUUUUAUAUUUCCAUCACUAUUCACAUUGUUUUAGGGACGGAAGAGCAGUGCAAAUAGCAACGCAGUUUGUGCGUUUUAGAAUAUUGCUGUCCUGAACAUUCGGAACCCUGAACAGCCUUGCAUUCGGAAGCAUCGUGUUGCUAGCUGACGUCAUUUUAUGGAGAAAGUGCACGGUGUUGGCAUUCGUGAUUUAAAAGAUAUUGACUUGUUUUGAUCAAACCAAUGGGAGACACAGCUGAGUAAGGAGCUAUUGUGAAGUUUUAAGUGAAAUGAUUUUGAGGAUGUAAACUAAGCUGCUGGACCAAGUGACUUGUAAGAGUGAAAAUCAUGAUGCGGGGUUUACACCCGUCUAAUGCAGGGGAACUCCCAAUGACCAGGAACAUGCCAUUCUCCACAAAAACCAUGCCUAGCAAGUUCCACAACCGCAAUAUGACUGGGAUAUACCUGGGUCUUGAAGGCAACAUCAAACCACCAGGUGGGAGGACGCCAAAUGUGCCCGUCAUAGCCCGGGGGCGAGGAAUGUCCCAGAGGAUUCGCACCCCGACAGAACAGAGGCGAUAUAAAAUGGUGGAACAGUUACGCAUUAAAGAAGAAAAGAGAGGUUUUGUAGGGCAAACACUCAAGAGUGGUAAGAGAUCACAAUCAGCCUAUGAUCCUGAGGAGAGAAGGAAAGCUGUUGGUGCACCUGAAAGUCUGCCCCUUGGGGAUAUGAGCCCCAGGACUGCAGGAGCCAGAAAAUGGGGACCUGGCAAGACUGCAGAUAGAAAUCAUUUCUAUGACCUUAUCAAAACAAACCCCCGUAAUUAUACAGUGGUGGUAAAUAAUGGAGUUACCCGGUCAGAAAAUUUGUCUGGACUGAUGAGUUUUUCCAUGGAGCAGCCAGACAGCAUCCCUCAGAUGGUGGACACUCUGGCUGAAGAGGUCAACAGAAUCUCGGCUAAAGAGGAGGAAGCACUUGGACUCGAGGAGUGCUUCAAGAAAGUGUGCAAGGGCAAUGUGGAAUCCCUCCAGUCUCUGUUCCCGUACAAAAAAAACCACCCUGGGAUCCAAAGGGAACCGUCUCAGUUCAGCACAGGAUUCACCGUCAGGAGUUAUAGAAACCCCAAUCAAGCAGAAAUCAUGGCCAACUUUUCUGAGGGUAAUUCCCAGCGACCUCGCACAGUGCCUGCUGACUCUACAAAUAACCGCCCUAUAGUGCCGAGUCCGUAUUUCUUUCGGCAGUACAACAACCCCUACAAUAAGCUUAACACCAGCUCGUCUAGUGCCAAGUCGCGUAAAUCUGCACCUUCUCAGUUUAAUUUUGAUGGUCAGCUUUCCUCAGUGCCAGCGACGUCACGGAUGGCUGCACUUCCUGGAGCAGGUGCCUUGACACGAUCUUUGAAAUCACGAUCUGCAGCAUGGAGCGAAAGUGACUUCAAACUUCACGGCAAACUUCAUGGAACACCUAGAGAAGUCCUGCCUAGACCGGAUGAGAUCGGUGUUAUGGAGUCUGUUGUUAAAGAAGGAGGAAAGCAAGUGCAGAUCUCGAUGAAACUAAGCACUGGGCAGGACUCUGGAAACUCACCAGACCAAACCAAUCCGACCAACAAAAUGAUGGACACUGUGGAGAAACCCUCCUCCAGUAACAAGAAAGAUGGUUUUGAAAUUGAAGUGGCUGAUGAGCAUGGAAAGGCAGGGCAGGUGGAGAUUGACUCACCUGAAGAAGAACUUCAAGAACGAAAAUGCUGAGAAGAGGAAAAAACAAUUUGAGCAGAUGCUUGAUGAGCAUGCAGAAAUUGUUCAGGAAAUUGGAAGGGCAGGAAGCAGGGAGAGUUUAGAGGACCAGAGGGACCACUGAGCCCUCCCCCCCCCCUCCCCCCCCCCCCCCAGAAAACCCCUAUAGCAAUAAUCAACCAGGAAGACAGUCCGCCAUGUAAAAUAAUUGUAAUUUUUUAUGGAAUCACCCUCUCUCGCUCUUUUAAUGGAGAGGCCAUCUGAUAAGGCGGUAAAAGAUAUGAUGGUGAUUGAGAGGAAGGGAAAAAGACCAGCCAAUUGCAGUUAUUUGAAAACUUUAUUUAGACAUGUCAUUUAAUGAGAGGAAUGGAAACUGCCAUUAGAUAUCAUCUUAUUUACUCCAUAUUGUCUUCCAGACACUAGUCGCUAGGAGACAGGAAACUGUGAUAAAUUCAUUGCUAUAGUGACAAAUUAUCUCACCAUGGCAACAAAUUGCGUUGGCCUCGCAUUCUAACUCUGGAAUCUCAUUGGACAUUCAUUUGAAAAAAAAAAGUCCAUUGCACUCUAUUUACAUUUCAUCUGAUUGCAGUGAUUCUAAAACACCCUAUGUCUGAACAGUCAUGAAAGUGCAAUUUUCUGCAAGAAGUUGGUGUCCUUUACAGAUAUUGUAAUUAACCUGUAACAAGCAUUGUAUAAAAAAAUGUGUCAGCCAUCAUGAUUAAAGAUAUUUAUAGAAUUGAAGUUAUGCAACUUCCCUUGUCUCAUAAGUAAUUUAGGUAUAGGGUCUAUUUAUUUAUGAUGGACAUGUUUGUGUGAUGAUUACAUUCAUAGUUUUUUUUUAUCAACUUAAAAUCAUGUCUUUCAUUAAAGAGAAACACCCUUGUCAUUUUGUUACAUUGAAUGUUUGUAGUAAUGAAUUAAUUAGUAGUGUGAGAGUGUCAUUAAUCACAAUCAUAAGAUGUACAUAUAUGUAUAAAUUCAUAGUUUUACAUCAUUGCCAGAUAUAUUUACUGCAUAUAUAGGGGCCAUAUGUUGGUAAUGAAAAGCUAUCUAGUUUUGUUUUCUUGACAAAUAAGGGUAUGGAUAUUUGAAACAUGUAAAAUUUGAACAAGUUUUCAGACAUUUGUGCUUAUUUCACAUACUGAAAUGUACAGUAUUGUAUACAAAUGCAUUAAGCAGACAGAAGAGUGGAUAUUGUUAUAUGUAGUUCUGUAUACAAAUGCAUUAAGCAGACAGAAGAGUGGAUAUUGUUAUAUGUAGUUCUGUAGAGAUAAAGUGCUGUACAAUUCAUGAUGAUGCUUGUCCUGUACAAUCUCAUCCUACUUCAGCUGUAUUUCAGUUAUACAAUAAAUCAAAAACUUAUACUCUUUAAACAAGCUAUGCAGGAUAAAAAAUUUAUAGAAAGGACUCCAUUUCAAACCUUUUGUUAUUUAAAAUUUAUCUGGAAAUUAUGAAUUGACAUGUUGAGAACAUUUCUCUGAAUUUUUCAUUUACAUGACAUUUUUCAAAUGAUUGCAAAGUUGUGAAAAUUUUGCCAGGGGUUAAAAUAAUCUGGGUUUGCAUAGCUUUAAUUCUAAAAUUAGAUGUACAAAAGUAGACAUGUUGAUCCAACAUUGAAGGCCUGAUUAAUUGUGCCAGCCUCAAGACAGUAUAAAUUUACUGUAAGAGGAUUAAAAUUUUGGUGCUACGUCACCUGUUUAUAUAAUUUGUUGGAUUUUCUUCUGUGACCAUUAAUCAUUACAGAUUAAAUAAAGUUACUUAUAAUAGA